AUAUAUAUGUAUUAAUAUCAAUGUUAAUCUAAAUAAUUCAGACUAAAAUAAAUAAAAAAUUACGCAAAAGUAGACGUAAUUAAUCAUUUGUGCACAUUUUCGAGCCCUGUUGUGGAUGCAGCACACGCAAUACGCGUCAAAUUUUAUUUAAGCAAAAUGGAUGCUAGCACGGACAACAACCCACAUCCAUUUCUCGUGAAAUGGAUGUGGAUUGUUGUCCGUGCUAAAAUCCACACUGUUUUUAACGGCGGGUUGCAAAAUGAAUGUGACAUGUAGUUCUCAUUCUGGCCAGAAUGGAUGUGCGUCACUAGUACGGGCGUUUCGAAGCAUUAUAGGAAAAAGGCCGCCGUUGCCGCUCUCCGGUUCUUCUCUGCUAGCGCGAUGAUGCAACACGCGAUUCGCGAUACGAAUCGCGAGAUUAGAAUUGUCUAUUUAUUCACACAGACGCAAUGAUGUUUUUAUCUAAUAUAUGUUUUUACGCGACCAGCAAAUGAGUUAUUGAAAUUCUACAAGUAUUAUAAAGCAAUAUAAGACAAAUAUUGUCAGUAACGAGUAAAAUAAGGUAAUGUAAAUAUCAAAUUUUUAUUAAAUUAAGUCAUACAAAAUCUAAUAAAGAUAUUUAAAAAUCUAAUGGCUUUACAUUUUCUUUUACUCGUUAUUGUUUUUACAUAUUAUUUUAUAUUUGCUUUUCAUAAUACGAGCUUAUUACUUUUAUUUUUAUAAAUUCUAUAUUAUUUUUUAGAAUACUAAUGAUGAGCAGUAAACAGCGAAAACGGUUUUUACUUUAUUAUAUCUUUUACAAAAGAAAGGUAAAAAAAUUGAUACAAAUAUGAAGUAACUUAUAGUUUAUUUGUGGAUUAGAUUAAAAAAAACUAAUAUAAAUGAACGAAAACGUCGAUGGUGGGUUUGACCUAUUAAUCAAAAACGUUAUGUACAAGGUGAUGACUUCAUUACUUUAUUGAAGAAAUGAGACUUUAUGAUACAGAGGUUCAUUUCCAGUAUACUCGUCUUACUAUUGAAAGUUUUGAUAAUUUAUUACGUAUAGUGGGACCCAAAAUAGAAAAGAUAUCAACACAUUAUCGAGAUCCUAUAUCGGCACGUAGCAGGUUAUAUUUAACAUUGAGGUUUUUGGCUACUGGAGACAGUAUGUCUUCUAUUGCCUUUGCUUAUCGAAUAGGACACAGUACUGUUUCUAUGAUAAUAUCAGAGGUAUGCGAAAGCUUAUGGGAUGUUCUUCAAAACGAAUUAUUUAAACCAUCCGAAUGUGGGUGGAAAAAGUUGCAAAAGAAUUUAAAGAUUAUUGGAACUUUCCGAACUGUAUUGGUGCUUUAGACGGUAAACAUAUAAAUGUUAAGGCUCCACUACAUACUGAUUCAGUUUUUUAUAACUAUAAGGGGAAUCACAGUAUUAAUUUAAUAGCAGUAGCAUCGGUACCAUACAAAUUUUUAAUGGUAGACAUAGGUGGAGAAGAAGGAAAAGCAAUGCCUUACAUGUUGCUUGCAGAUGAAGCUUUUCAAUUAAACAGUUUUACAUUAAGAUCAUAUCCAAGGAAAACAUUGACCAAUGAGCAAAACAUUUUUAAUUAUCGAUUGAGUCGUGCACAAAGAGUCGUAGAAAUUCGGUAUUAUGCUGGCACGGUGGUGUAUUUUUUUAAAACUAAUUAAUACAUCUUUGAAAACUACUGAAAGUAUCGUGAAAGCUUAUUCUUGCAUAAUUAUUGUAUGGACAAAGUCGGAUAUUAUAGUAAAGGUUUUGCUGAUAAAUUUUGUUAUAAUGGACAACUUAUCCCUGGCAAAUGGAGAACAAUGGUACAAAAUUCUGGUAUAAGAUCAUUACGAAAUGAUGGCAGUAAUACUCAUUUCCGUUUUGCAGCUGCUAUAAGGAAAAAUUUUAAAAAUUACUUUUUAGAUGAAGGAGCAGUUCCGUGGCAGUGGAACUUAGUUCACGGAUGGUGAUCCACGGAUGGUAGUUCACAGAGUGUAAAUAUAUUUUGAAAUAGGUUAGAUUACGUUUUAUAUCAAAUGCGUAUGUAAAUGUGUGUGUAAAAAAUAUAAUAUAAUUUAGUAAAUUCGUGCAUUAAAUACACUGCCCCUACUAAAAAUUUAGGAAAAAUUUACCAAACUUUAAACGCUUGUAAAACAAGAAAUAUUUAUGAUACAGGGCUGUUUCAAAAAAGGAAUUAAAGCUUGAAAC